UAACGUGAACGCGCGCGGCAUCGUGUGUGCAGGAGUCUACUCGGGACGUGCGGUCUUCUCCCGAGUCUGUGUGUGCGAGCUCAUCUGAGACCUCAUCCCCCGUUUACUGCGAGACGACGCGGCUCAUACGAUUCAUUAUGGGAAACCGGUUUGGAAAAGAGCGAGAAACUAACAAUGCUGAGACUGCUGAAGAAGCAAAGACUGCAGAGGAGUCAGAAGCUGGACAACCAGCGGAGGACUCUGGGAUAACUCAAACUCAAACGCAGGAUCUAGAUGUCCAGAUUCUGGGGCAGGUGGCGCAGGUGGCGUGUUCCAUCACUGAAAAAUUGGUGUUUAACAGUGGAGUGGAGGAGGAUGCUGAGCCCGUGGCGAAGGAAACACCAGCUCCAGUCCAAUCCGAGCCUCUGGUCUCACUUGGCAAAUCAUCAGCUCCAGAUUCAGAACCAGAUUCAGAACCAGAUUCAGAACCUGUUGCUGAAGCUCUGCUGGCUCCAGAUCCAGUUGCCGAACCACUGCCUGAACCAGAGCCAGUCUCCAAAACGGUUCCAGUUCCUGAACCAGAGGCAGAAGUUGAGGUAGUCUCUGAACCCAUUUCAGAGUUGGUGCCGGCGGCAGCUGAGGCCGCAGAGCUGAAGACGGACCUCCUCAGCCAAGAGUCUCUCCCCGAGCCACAGAUUUCUUCUCCAGCACCUUUGAUCAACCCAUGCGCCCCCGAAGAAGAUGCCCGACCCGUUGACAUUCCUCCUGCCCCAGCUCCAGUCAAAGCGAAGGAGCCGGCAGACAACCCGGCGACCGAGGGAUUCCAGAACAGCGCUGAGGUCUCGGUCAUUCCCACGUUCGAGCCUGAAAACGGCAAGGAGGCGUCCGAGUCAGGGGAAAAGGAGACGGAGGCGAAGGGUGGAGUGCAUUUGGAGCAGCUUGUGUGUGACGUCAGCGACGAGAGUCUCAGUGGACUGCUGAAGAACUUGGAGCUGAAAGGAAACAACCUUGUCGCUGACCUCAUUCUGGCCGACAUCCAGAUUCCCGACGACGUGAGCACUUCCACCGAGCUGAUGUGAAGGUGCGGCAGUGAAAGGAUGUUAUAUCUGUGAAGCCCUCGUAACCCCUAACGUGAAUUCCAAAAGAAGCUGGGAUGCAAUGUUUCUUUCUCUCUCACCUAAGUGGCCUAACAAAGGCAAAAAUGUCUCUAUCUAAAUGAACGUGUGCCAAAAAAAGGUGUAUUGUCUGGGCUUUAUUAUGAGUGUACUUGUGCGUAUUGCUGGACAACAGAGAUCUUCCUCUAUGCAAAUGCACCAGGCAAGAAUUUUAAACUAAUUUUACUGAAAAGAAGAAGAAAAGAAGCCAUUGCUAUACGAUAACGAGGCAUAGAGAAAGCUGGGAAUCAUUUUGAUGUUCCUAAGUACAAAGGAAAAAGCAGAAGUGUCCUGAGGUAUGUCAGUCAGCAUCGGCGGGUAAAUCCAAAUCCAUAGGCAAGGGACAGUAGCAAUGAAAAAGACAUUAUACUGUAUGCUAUUGAAAUACGAGUGUCUAGUGAACUAUUGCGCUUUCACAUAAUCAUCUUUGAGCUUUUUGAAAUUCUGUGUCUUUCUUGUAUUCUAAUUUAACAAUGGGAAUUUUCUUUUUUUUAACCUAAGUAGUGGCUUGCUUGUAAAAAUAAAAAUAUUAUUAUACAUA